GUCAAAAAAGAUGUCGACCACUAAAGAGGUGAUCAAUGAGUUUGAAAUCAAAGAUAAUGAGAUGAUAUUGGAAACAAACCGAUUAAAUUCCUAUAAGGACUGGCCAUUAAUGGACGGCAAGUGUACUAAAGAAAACAUGAGUGCCUAUGGUUUCUAUCACUGUCCCAAUGAUGGCAAAGAUCUUGUCAGAUGUUUCUGUUGUUUCAAAGAGUUGGACGGUUGGGAUCAAUCGGACGACCCGUCGAUUGAACACAAACGCAACAAUGACUGCUAUUUUGCCAAUUUAGGCAAACCUCAGUCAAAACUGACAUUAUUUGAGUGGUUUAAGCUAAUUGAGGAACGGGAGAUCAAUAAGGUUACAAAAACAUAUCAACGAUUGCAAGAUUUAAUGAACGAUKUAAGCAAACAGGUUGGACUCAUUGACAACAAUAAAAUUAUAUAAAUGUUUAUUAAUUAAAAUAAUUUUUWUGUAUCAGUUAAUAA